CAGGAAGAAGGGCAUUUCACGUGGGAGAAGCGAGACAACAUGUCAGCCUCCUUGCUGAGGAAGGGUCUGGAGUUGCUGGAGACGGCGGGAGGUAGUGUAAGGCAGCGGGGGACUAAGGGAAAGGGAUGAAAUCCGUUCGUUCUUUACUCUAAUAGGCUUUCUCUCUUUCUCUUCCUCUGGACAGCGUCCGCUCCCCGGCCCAAGAGGGCAGCCACCACCAGCCCACCCAGCAAGCAGUCGCUGGCGAGGGCGAGGAAAAAGAAGCUCUCUCGGCCCCAAAAGGAGAAGGCGACAGUCAAGGGCAAAGUCAUCAAGUCCGCGUUAGGUGAGCGCCGAGGAGCCAUUAUCUUCGAAUCCACCCAUAAGUUUUUUACCAAUCAAAGCAAAACCCUUCAGGCAAGCUUCCUCUGAAUCCCGGGAGGAUGCAGUUAAUCACCGAAACCUUAUAUUUAUUACGAUGGCGAACAGCAGAGAUGCUCAAGUUUUAAAGCGAACCGCUUUGACUUUCCACCUUCUUCAGCUGUUCUUAUGUGUAUCAGACGCUGCAGCCGAGGUGGCAGUCUCAGAACAGGAGGGAGUAUUUGGAAGUGUGGCUGUUGUCGAGUGAUGCCUGUUAUUCUCCUCCAGGUUGAGGCUUUUUAGUUUAGAGAGAAGGGGAACAAUAGGAGAUAUGCAUCCAGGUGCAUUAAACUAUGCUUGGUGUGGGGAAGGUGGGUAGAAAAAAUGUUUUUCUCCCUUAUAAUACUGGAACUUGAGUGCAAUCCAACCAAGUUGAAUGUUGGAAAAUUCAGGAGAAACAAAAGAAUGUAUAAACGACAAAAUUCAUUCCUACAGAAGGUAGUGAUGUCUACCAAUUUGAGUGGUGCUAAAAGAAGAAUAGACACAUUCAUGAAGCAUAAGGCUAUCAGUAGCUACUAGCCAUGAUGGUUAUGUUUCCCUCCUCUGUGGGAGGCGGUGUGCUUCUGAAUACCAGUUGCUAGGAAUUACAGGUCGAGAGAGUGCUAUUCUGCUCAUAUCCUGUUUACUAACUUCAUGUAAGCAUCUGGUUAGCAACUGUGAGAACAGGAUCCUGGACUAGAUGGGCCAUUGGCAUGUUCUCUGUGUUUCUUCAAUGAGAUCCUGUAUCAAAUAUAUAGAUAUAUCUCCAUAUAUACCCAGGCAUUUUGAGGUUUUUUCUAGAGCAAAUGACAUUUCUGUUGCAAUUAUGGAUCAACCAGAGACGCUUUAAUUAUCCGAAUAUUACCUCACCUACUGUACCCUCUGUUCACACCAAAGGAACUAAGGAAUAUGGAAACCAAAAUGUUUUGCUUAAAUAUAUCUGUUUUGUAAAUCACUGGUGAUGAAUGCAGGGUCUAUGUCGGUUCAUAUGGGGAAAGGCAGUCCUUGAGGUCCUCUGAUGGUUUGCAGAUAAGGAAUUCUAAAAGGAAGCUGAAAAGACAAACUGACUUUUGCCCCAGCUGGAGCUGCUUUAAAAAACUCUGUGCACAUGGAGAAUUGUGAAUGACAUGUAGGAACAUUCUGCAAGACUGUAAUAACACAUGCCCAGGCAUCUGUCCUUGUUUUGUAUCCAUUAGUUACAUUAGUUGCUUAAUGAGCCGAAUUGUGUAUUUGUAUAGACAUGAAUCUCUCUACUACCAUCACUUCCCCACUUCCUUGGGCUUCUCAAUGUACUGUAUUAUAAUUAAGAUCUGUAAGGUUUUGUGAUUGACCUAUUAUCUACCUUGAAGUGACUUCAGUAUUCACUUUAGUAAAUAAUUUUGCUCUUCACAUUGGGAAUUAACACAUGCCCCAUGCAUGGUCCUAGUUGAUCCAAUGAAAGACCACCUUACCGGUUUUAUCUGUACUUUUAGAUCUAUAACCUGUGCUACACUAUAUGAUGGGCAAUUAAAAAAAUUAAUAAAUCUGGGCCGCAGUGGCAAUGUCCAUGCCAUACAUGAAAGAAAGUAUCAGUCAUAGCAGCAUGUUACAUCUCGCUGUAUCUGUUGAACAAUCUUACUAACAAUUAUUUUCUUAACCUUCCCAGAGGAGUAUACGAAACAUCAAGCUGUUGACCAUUUUCAGGAAAAUGUGAAGUACAUGACUAGUAGCCAUUUCAUGACAGACAGCACCAUCACUCAGAAGGUGAGCCUUCUACUCUGUUCAUUAGAUCCCAUAGUUUACUUGGAGGCAGGGGUGAGGAAUGUGCUGUCGUUGCAAAUUUGUUUUUCCUGUCUUGUGCCUUGUCACACCCCCUAACAAUAAUGUUUCUUUAAUAGAAAUUGAGUUGAUAAAGUUUGCUUGAAAUAUGGGUUCUAUGUGCCAUAUGUUGUGUAAGAAAAACUAACAAAUUUCUAUACCUGUAAAGUAUCAGUUGAAAUGAUGUCUCAAAAGGAAGAGCUGUAGCUCAGUUGCAGAGCAUCUGUUUUGCAUGCAAAAGUCCCAGAUUCAGUCUCCAGAUGGAACUGGGGAUAUUCGUGGCCAGAAACUGCCAGUCAGUGUGGACAGUAUUGAGCUACAUGGACCAAUGGUCUGACUCUGUGUAAGCCAGCUUUCUGUGUACCUAAGGUCAGAUCAUCUUGAGAAAGAAAUUGCAUUUUUCCACUUACCUUCUAAUUCCUAUUGCUUCUUGCUCUGCCAUUCUUACCAAAUAGUAAAUAUUUAUCUUAAUACAUUAAAAAUAUAUUUUUAAACAGUCUGGGGAAUUCCUAAAAUGAUUUCUACUAGACUGUAAAUCAGACUUUUUGACUCAAGUAUUUUUUUUUUAUUCUCAACUUGCAUGGGUCCUUUUCUUCCCAAAAGGAAGAGGCAGUUGCUUUUGAAAUUGGACCAUGAUUGAAUUUUAGUAUUGGUAUGCAGCAAUGCAGAGUGUAGCCUUGUUGGACUGAAUUUCCUUAAAUUAUUUUGAACCAGAGCCUAGACUUGGCUCUAUUUGAACAGUGUGUCAGCAGUCUGUGCUCAGAUGAUUGUUUGAGCUGGAAGAUAAAUUGAGAUUUGGGAACUGUAAGUAGUUGUGCAAUAAUAGAAAGCUGUAACUUCUCAUUUCCCUUUGUUUUGUGUCUGAAGGUUUUGGCCCAAAAUAGAGGCAGGAAAGCCAGAGACCGCCGUCAAGAGGAGGAGAAAAAGAAGCCUGAAGGCACUGUUUUCACUGAGGAAGACUUCCAGAGAUUUGAGAGAGAAUAUUUUGGGGGAACUGGAACAGUCUGACAAAAACGACACUGUCUCCUGCUUAUAGAGAAAACAUCAAAGAUGGAUACUUCCUUUUUAUAAGCAAUUGGGAGCAGAACUUUACAAUAGGGAGCUGAAGCACCUCUACAUCUAACUUGUUCAGUCCUCUCAUGCAGGAUGUCUGCUCUUUCUUACCAAGAAAACAUUGUUCCUAGGAAUUACCUACUUUGGGACUUGGGGUUCUACCUCUCUAAUACUUUUUGAAGCAGUAUGAGAAAAUCCUGGCUGGAACCAAUCAUCCCCCACCCCCAAAUAGUUAAGAGGCCUGAGAGACAAAUUGAAUGCCAAUGUUGGGGCAAGGGGAAUUCCACCAAAGUGUGGGAAUUAAAUGCAUUUCCUUUUGCAGGAAUGCUGCUAGGAAAACUCCAUAAAUGUGUAUUUCAUUAUUACACUUGCAUUUUUGUCCUCCUUCAAAAGAAAUUACAUCAUAUAUACAGUUGUGCUUCGUACCCCACGUGAUCAUCUCUCUAAAGCAUCUUAGGUUUCUGUAUUCAGUGUGAGGCUGUAGUAACACUGCUUCUGUUACUAAGUGAAAAGGGUCUCUAGUUGACAGUUUCUGAAAAUGAUUCUUGAGGCUUACAAGGUAGGUAUUUAUGGUAUAGCGUAACUUGUGCUCUUACAGUAGCUUGAGGGCAAGUAGCUUGGGGGCACAUCUGGAUCCUUUGCUGUCACUUGAGGCCCAAGUGGUCUCAGUGGAGCGAAGUGCCUUCCAUCAGUUUCGACAGGUGACCCAGCCACGCUCCUAUCUGGAUACAGAUAGCCUAACUUCUGCCACCUGUGCUCUGGUAACCUCUAGGGUCGUAGUAGUAGUAGUAGUAGUAGUAGUAACAUUUCUUAUAUACACAGCUCAUCAGACUGGGUGGCCCCACUCUGGGUGAUUACUGCAGUGUGUUAUACAUAGGGCUGCCUCUGUAGACAGUUAAGAAACUUCAGCUGGUGCAGAAUUCAGUAGCCAAGUUGGUAACCAGGAUAAGAGGGUUUGAGCAUAUUACACCAAUCCUGAAUUGCCCGUCGAUGAGUUUCCAGGCCCUAUUCAAAGUGGGUUUUUUUACAUAUUAAGCUUUGAACUGCUGAGGACUGCCUAUCACCAUAUGAACCAACCCAGACGCGAUGAUCAUCAUCUGAGGACCUUCUUUGUGUACCUCAGGAGAUCUGGGUGGCAGCAACACAAGAGUGGGCCAUUUCUGCAGUGGUUCCGUUUGUGGAAUGCUAGCACCUUUAUUACACACCUUUGGAUCCCAGGCAGAAACAAUCCUCUUUAACCAGGCCUGACUAAUUUAACAUCUUAUAUACCCUUUUAAAUGUGUCUAUGUAAGUGGGGUUAUUAGUUGUUUUGCUUUUUUUAUGUAAUUUAUUUACUUUUUGUAUUUUUGUUGUGAGACACCGUGAUCUUUGGGGGAAGGACAGUAUACAAAUUUAAUAAAUAAUACAAUUGUCAUUUAAAGUGCUCAGUAUACUUGGACCAAGUUGGGCUGGGAGCCGGUAGUGUUGGAGGGUAGCUGAUGGUGUAAAUGUUCAGCAGCUUGUGAACUAUUUAAAUUUCUUAAUUUUGCUGUUACUGCAAAACCCUAGCAUGUUACUGUCUCCCCAAAAUGAGUUGGGAAAGCCACUGCCAUCCAGUUGUUUGAAAUUUCCAUAAUCCCAGAGCAUUGGCCAUGCUCCCUAUGGCUGAUGGUAUAAGGACCACAGCUCUCCCUCCGUGAGCCAAUUGUUCAGUUAUUGUGCAAAUUCAUUUUAAGAGAUGCCAUCUGCACCUAGCAGCCUUGGGCAGCUGCCAAGCCCCCAUUCUGACCCAUCAAAAAAAAAAUUGACAUCUGUAUUAAACUUUUCAAAGUGCAUCACGCCAAGUGCAGCAAAAUUGAAAUGGCAAGACUUUGCCAGUGCAAUUUCUAAGACUGCUGAACUCAUGCCAGGUAAGCCAAAGACCUAGUCAAAGACGUCUUACUAGUAGAAAUACCCCUCUGCCCCAAUUAUGUGAAAAUAUUUUAAAUAUUUUCUCCACCUCAUCUUAAUUUGGGUUUAAAUUACUUAGCAAAAUCUGCUGGAUGGCGCAGUAACUUUACCAGAAUGUGGCAACAGCACUCUGCCAGUAAAUCUACUGUGGUCGUCAAAAGUAUGGGUGCAUAGCUUUUGCUACUGAUUGCUGAAUUGUUAGGCUGUUGAAAGCUUCUUCCGAGUAUUAAGGGAAAAAGCACCUCCACCAAUGUAGGAGGCAGAUGAAGCUGUCUUGCUGAAAGUGUUCUUCAGUGUGGAUAUUCUUAGUUAACUUCCUUUUCUUUCUUCCCCCCAGCCCAGGAUGUAGUCACACUCAACAGAAAUGCAAUCAUUUCAAUUCCCUUUAUGCAUUUUUGUUGCAAUAUGGCGUUUCAAAACAUUGUCUGCAAACAGACUGAGAAGUCUGACAAAUUACCGUAACCAAAUUUUUAAAAAACCUCAUAGAAUUAGCUCUUGCUCCCUUCAUGCACUUUUGUCAACUGUAUCUAACCAAAUGACACCCCCCAAGUACAUAGCAGAGUAAAACUGCAAUUAAGGUUGCUUUUGAGAAUAAAGGCCUUUGGAUCAUUAAACUUAGAACUAUUUAUUGGUUGUACCAAUAAUUAAUCUAUGAAAAUAUCCACACACAUAACUAGCUUGGAGAGGAAUACUGCUGAAAGUGCCAUAUCCCAUUUUUUAAGCCUUAUCAAAUGACGUUGCCAGGUUCCCCCCACACCAGCAUAAUCCAGACCCCUAUUUUUAUUCCUUUUGAAUUUUAUUAAAAUCUGCAGACCAAGCCUGCUGUACGUAAAACCUCUAUUUGCAAGACAAAAGGCAAAUGUGUACUAGAAAAUAAUUUAUUAAGCAACAAUACACAGCUCAUUGUACUAAGCUCUUAUAUACAUGCAUGUAACAUAUACCCUUGACUACCCUAUUCUGGGACUUUAACUUUUUUACCCUUGGCCUUCCGGACCUCUUCAAUUAGAUCUUUCAAAUACUGAAUUUCUUUGCUCAGGGAAUCUGCCUUUUCCCUCAGUGUUUCAUUUUUCUGCUCUAGUUCUCUACAUUCCCCUGAUAAGGCCUCCUGCUCUAACCUUUUCUUCUGUCGAUAGCGUGUAGCUGCAGUCUUGUUUUGCUCCAUCUUCUUCAGUUUCUUAUCUACUCUCUUUUCUCCUUUCAUCUUUACUGACACUACCUUGUCUGCAGGAUGAUCAUAAGGUUUGGACCUCACAGGGCUAUCAUGCAGGACUGUGACUGAUUGGCAAUCACUGAGGGAAUUAACAGAAGUGGUGGGGCUUUGCUGGGGAGACCCCAGGUAAGAUUCUGGACUCAUGCAUAUUCCACUAUCAUUGUCUGAGUGAACUUCAUCCUCUUUUUCACACUUUGGAAUCACCACUACUAAGAUAUGGGCUUCAGUUUUCUUGUCUCCUUCAAGAACAUCUACUUCACUGCCUAAUUCUAAACUGAAAGAAUGGUCUGUCGUGGAAAUCACUGACUCUGGAGUGAGGGGAAAUGGAAACAAGGGGGCCAGUGGGGCCACCUGGUCUGCCCCAGAGGGAGACUUAGGAGAAUGAAUAAUUAAUUCUGUUAUCAGUGGAGUUUCUUUGUUGGGAAUUUCUUGGACAGGAGGGUCAAAUAGAUCACACGUGUCCUCCAACGUGGCCAUGAGCUCAUCUGGGGAGACGGUGGCUUCCAGAUCAUCGAUACCCAACAGUGCAUCGAAGUCAAAUUCCUUCAAAUCCAUCUUCUCCACCAUCCAAUCCAUGCCAGAGAAGGCAUCCUCUGUUAAAGAAAUGACAAUUAAAAAACAAAAACAAAAACCACGAACUUUAGAAAUGAGGGUUUUAAAAAAGUAUUUUUUUCUCUCCUUUCCUGUGCUCAUUUAACAUAUUUAGAUGCUGCUGCUAGCACUCAUAUCAGCUUAGCUCUUUAAUCUUAUUAAUAAUGUCACACAUUUACUACAUGGAACUAUAAUUCAGCAAGGCCACCCAACGUUUUCAGAAAACGUUUCAGUCUGUGUCUUACCCUGGCUGUUGUCUGUGGCAUUGUUCGAACUAUCCACAGCCAGCCAUUCGGAAGAGCCCACUUUAGCCUUGUCGCUGGAGAACCCAUGCGAACUGAGGUUCUUGGCCACCUCCAGGUAGUCAUCUAGGAGGCCCAGGCCCUCCUCAGCCACCAAACACGGCUGGUUGAAGGGGGACAGAAAAUCCCCCAACAACAUCUCUGUGUUUGAGAAGCUCAUUUUGGUCAGAUUUUAGUACUUUGUCGUCAAAAAGCGUGGACAAAUAGAUGGUGUCUUUGUCGAAUACAGCAAAGCUGCUGUCUGAUGGCUUGAAAAACCUGAAAGACACAAGCAAUUUUUGUUGUUAUUAUAAAGAUGUCCAUCGAUGUUGAAUUCAGGUUCCCUUGAGAGGGAAAAGACGAAAAAAAGUACAUUACUGCAACAACAGCACCCCAUGAUUCCAGUUUAGGACACUGUAUCUGGAUCCUAUCCAAGAGAGUUCUACUGAAUACCAACAAGGCACUAUUGUACAAUAGCGCCAACUAGGAUUUGUGGAAAAUGUUCUCACUUCUGCAAGACAGCCUGCUUGGGUUUCCUCCCAACCAUAUAUGGUCACAGCCACGGUUUCAGCUCCACCCACCACUUUUCCUGGUCUGAUUCAUGCAUUCACAAGCGUCAAAGGCAACAGCUGCAGCCAUUUCAUGAUCUGCCUGCUGUGCAUGUCCCCACCCUAUAAAUAGGGAGCCAUUUUGUGUGCUGCCACGUUCCAUGAAGGUUCAAUUACUCCUGGUAUCCUGGCAUUUUUCUAAGCAAGGCUGAGCAGCAGCAAUAUAAGGGGGUGCAAAAUAGUUUGAAUUCACAUUCAGUGAUCAAAAAAGGGUAACACUUUCCACAAAUAGAUAUACACAAAACUUAUUUCAAGGUGACAGGGAGCCAUAUGAAAUCCCCACCCUUUCUUGGAAAGCUCAAUAUGGCACCAAUCCAAAACAGAUCUGAAGCUAGGGAAAGCCAGCAUUUUUCUCCUUUUAAGUGUCUUGGGCCCAGCAAAAUUAAACAAAAAUUAGAGCUGCUCCUUUUGCCCGUCACUGUAUGUUGAGAAAAGCUUUACCAGUUGUCUGGCAAGUAGGUACCAAUAAACCACAGCUGUUUGGCUCAUUAAAGCCACAGCAUAUUUACCUUAAAUGCCAUCUUUGGUCUAUAUUGGACGGGAAGACACAGCACAGAUCUGUCAAUAGUUCAGAUCUCAUGAGCAUUUGCUUAGCUAUGAAGGGAAAUCACUUUAAUUACCCUGGGAAGCCCGCAGGCUCAUUAACUCAUCUUCCACUUUGGACAAAUAGACCUCUCCCAUCCUUUUUCUCUCCAAGGGAUACCUCGCCCCACCCUCUGAUCUCCUUUCCACUUCCAAGGUAGAUCUUUAUUUUGGGAGGACGAACCAUUUCCAGAAUGUCACAUUAUCCCCACUUCAUGCCCCGCCCACAAAAGCAUAUGUCAAGGCGCGACCCUUUCCAGAGGGAGAAGCGUAACGUAAAACGUUGCUAAUUACACCCCGGGGCUUUUAAUCCCGUGAGAUGAGUCUAUGAGUUUCCCCGCCGCCACCGCCCACUACUAUACUGGUUUAUGUUUAAAGAUGGUUCUCGUCGCCCCGUCCUUCGGAAGAAUGAGGCGAUCCACCCGUUUUGUCCCUCCUCGAUACUCACGCCAUGGUUGCAGAUGCCUGGAGAUGCCGAGGCCGCGGCCGAUGCUGCUGCGCCUCUGCAAUGGCCGAUGCCGCCGCUUGCACUGCCGCACCUACCAUGCCAUGGCGGCGGCUGCGGUAGCAGAAAUCACCCCCUCGCUUCGACGCCGCGUUUGAGCUGCGCCCCGGACAGCAACACGCACUACCAGACUAUACUCUUAAUUCUACAGGCAGACAAUGAGGCUGCGCCGCCCGCGCUUUCCGUAUUUAUACGCAACAAGAUCCGGCAGGACGCGCCCCUCGAAGAGCAAUCACUCCAACAGGAUCCUUCCACCAACCGUUUCCAGAGUUAAAAUAACUUCGUUCAAAGAACUGGAUUUUCUCAGAGGGCACUCUACAGGACUCUAGGGGCCAAACGUACAGUUCGCGGGGCUUGGCGACUGGAUCUGCCUGCCCCUUCUCAAAAGUCAGCGGAAGGUUUUCAGGUACUACACUGUGCUAUUUUACUCUAAUGCCGCUCUCCAGGCUCUCAAUUAAGGUCAGACCGCGUGACGCAGAAACGGCUGGCUGGCUUCCUAUUGGCUUCCUUGGAGCAGUGGGAAGGCGACUGGCUGGAGCAGAUGGUGUCCCGAACUCGAGAUAGCACGUGAACAUAGAAACACCCGAUUGGCUGACAGCGCCUGUCCACGUGUACUGUAAACCGUCAUUGGCUUAGAGCGGGAAGGGCGUCAAUGGGUUCCGAAAGGCGGUUGAGGGGUGGGAGGGAGGCAGAAUUCUUUUCUGUGUCCUCGCGCGCAUUAAAAAUUCAACCGCCUCAGGUUGGAGGACGGCGCAAACGUCCUUUCGUUGUCCCCGUCCUGCGUGUUCCUUAAUGCGCUGCUGCUGCUUGCCUCUCCCUUCUUUUGGAAUGUGAAUAUAGGAAAGGAACCUUGUUCCAUCUUCUUUGCCAUCCUUUUCCUUCCCCCUUUUCCAGAGCGGCUGCCUUGUUUGGUCGGUGUGGCAAGAGACUAAACAUGGCUGCUCCCCUGGAACCGGCCUGACGUUCGUGGAGCUCCGUCCGCAGGAGCCCUAUAGGGCGCAGUAACCGCCUCUUCCUCUCCCUCCCUUGGCUGUGCUGGGGUGCAGAUGGCGGCUGGCGAGCCUAAUCGCUCCCCACCAUAAUGCACUAUAAAAGAGAUAAGAAUUGAGUGUAACUGUUGCCGUGACAACCAGAGAGGACAUCUGCAGAAGCCCCAAGCAGCUGCUUUUCCCUCAAAGAUGGCCAAGCUGCCCACAGGGAAGGCGCAGCGGGGCAUAAAGCCUUCUGGGGGGCGUGGGGGGGAGAUGAGCCUUCAGGCAGCAGCAGCCGCCCAUGCUGACUCCUGGCACUUGCCUGCCUGCCUGUUUCUCAGGGCCGCAUAGCGAGGAGUAUGGUGCGCUGGACUGGAUCCGCGCCUCUGAGCUCUCGGGAGGGUAAAAGGAUGAGAUCGCUAUGCCUUGGUCGCUGCUCGCACGUUUUUCUAGGCAACACCGUAGGCCCAAUCCUCUUCUCCGCACCCAGGGACGAUAAGCGAGAGAGGGGAAGGUGUGAGGAGCUGCUCUUUGCCCUUGCCAUGCACAUUUCUGCCCUCCCCAAAACGGGAGAGCGUAGAAGAAAUAGUGCCGCUGGGGUGUAUGUGUUCUGGGGCGCUUUCUAAGUUGGGGAACAGCCCCUCAUCCUUUCUAGCAUCUGGUGCAGAUGGCAUAAAUUGUUUGGUCACCUUUUCCUUCCCUCUCCAUUCGGCUUCUUUUCCUGCAGAAUAACUGCCUCAGUGCUAAAAAGCAUAGGGUAUGGUUUUUAAAAAUAACAUAACAUGUAGCUUGACCCCCUUCGUGUUGAGUAAUCCACUUCCUUUCUUCUGCCCGUAUCUCUGGGUGAUUCACAACUUUUUCUUCCUCCUUCCCUCAUGAGGGGAAUCAACAUGAAAGUUCAUGUGUGGUCUGGUAGUCCUGAAUCAAUAAAAGCGCAGUUGUUUGGAAAGGGAAGUCUUUGGGAUUUUCUUUUUUGCGAAAUGAAAAAACUACAUCUGUGUACUAAGGCAUUCACAAUAGAAGGAUUAAUCAUGGUUUGUAGUAUAAAGUGCACAGUUCUGUGACCUCUUCCACUACUGCUGCAUUUUCUUAUUUAUCUCAUUUGUAUUCUCUCUUUUCUCUCUUGAAGAGACUGAAGGCAACAUACCGCUACCUGAAGUCAUCCCAUUUUAUCUGCUCAACGUCCCUGUGAGGCAGGCUAGCUUCAAGGUCAUAUAGUGAGCGUUAUAAUUGUGCGGAUUAAGUUUUGGUCCAACAAAUCUUUAUCUCAAUUCCAUUGUGGCAUCCGUUUUUUUCUCAAAAAUAAAGCAAUGCUGCAACUACCAAGCAAGCACUGGACUCAGCUGCGCAGCAAUAAUGGUUAGCUAAAGAAAGACAUAGUCACAGAAUACUUGCAGUAGUUGCUGAUUUCUGCUAAAUAUGAUGCUGUAUUUACUGUCAUUUUCAAAAAAGAAACUAACCAAGUACGGUAUCUUUGAAGAUGUAUGAGUGGAAAACUCUUUACUUGAACUGGCGGUUGUUACUGUUGCAAUUCCAUCCAUAUUAAUUUACAAAUAGCUGAUACAUUACUUAUGUUGGGUGCAGUGCUUUGAAGGCCAGGUAAUUUUUGUAAUUUUGUUGUACUGUUAAUACUAUACACAACUUGUCUCAAAGCUAUGUAGCUCCUAAAAGCUUUAGUGUUUCAAAAUUAACAAGUUCACAAAUGAAGAGUGUUCACAAUUGGACUUUUUAACCUGUCCAGUGCUACUUAAACCUGUGUGUUGGUUGGGAAUAUGAAGCCCAUGAGGUUAUGUUGCUAGUUAAAAAUAAACCAGUUCUCACACAUA